AUGCGGGGGCAGGGGCAGAUCUCCCGCCGGCUGGUUGUUCUUAUGGUGGUGGCCGGGCUGCUGCUGCUGGCGUGCGCGCCGCCGGCCGCUGCCGUGGACGUCCAGGCGGUGCUCGCGCCGUUCCCCGACCUCGCCGGCUUCGCGCGCCUGCUCGCGUCCAGCCCCGUGGCCCGGGAGCUGGCCGGGCGGUCCUCGCUGACGCUGCUCGCCGUGCCCAACGCCGACCUCCCGCAGUCGCCGUCGGCGUUCGCGGCCGCCGCGGGGGCCGACCUCGCCGACGUGCUCCGCUACCACGUCCUCCUCGAGUACCUCUCCCCCGCCGACCUCCGCCGCCUCCCGGCCGCCGGGAAGCUGGUCACCACGCUGUUCCAGACCACCGGCCGCGCCUCCGCCGACCUCGGCGCCGUCAACGUCACGGCCGCCGGGCCCAGCCUGGGCGUCGUCCGCUCGCCGGCGCCCUUCCCCGGGUCCAACGCCACCGUGCUCGGCUCCGUCACCUCCGUGCCGUACAACCUCAGCGUGCUCGCCGUGGACGGGCUCAUCGUGCCGUCCGGCUUCGACCUGGCGGCGUCCGAGUCCCGGCCCCCCGCCGCCGUGAACAUCACCCGCGUCCUGGCCGACGCGCGCGGGUUCAACGUGGCGGCGUCCAUGCUGGAGGCGUCCGGCGUGGCGGAGGAGUUCGAGGGCGACGAGCGCGGCGCGGGCAUCACGGUGUUCGUCCCCACCGACGACGCCUUCGCCAGCCUCCCCGCCGGCGACCGGCUCCAGUCCCUCCCCGCCGACCGCAAGGCCGUGGUGCUCCGCUUCCACGUCCUCCACUCCUACUACCCGCUGGGGUCGCUGGAGUCGAUCGUGAACCCGCUGCAGCCGACCCUGGCCACCGAGUACGCCAGCCAGGCCGGCCGCUUCACCCUCAACAUCACCCGCUCCAACGGCUCCGUGGCCAUCGACACCGGCGUCGUCCAGGCCACCAUCACGCGCACCGUGUUCGACCAGAACCCCGUGGCCGUCUUCGCCGUCUCCAAGGUGCUGCUCCCCAAGGAGAUGUUCACCAGGGCCGACUCGGCCGCCGUCGUGGCCGCGGCCCUGGCGCCCCCGCCAGCCACCUCGAACUCGAUGCCGCCGGAGCCGCCCGAGAGCGCGCGGACGCCGCCGACGAAGCUGUCCUCGCCGCCCGCGCUGCGCGGCGUGACCAGGAACGACACUGCGGUUUCGCCGCCGUCGUCGUCGUCGGCAAAGGCAGCAGCAAUUGGGUGGUGGUGUAUAGCAUUGUUGUAUCUACUGCUGCCUCUGGUAUGA